AUGGACCCUGUAAAUCCUAACCAGAAGGCCCGAACCACGCCACAAUACGCGCUAUAUCAACGGAAGAACUUCUGGAAAUCCAAUGAGGGCGAGGUUCCAGUGUUCAAUACCGAACCCGGCAAACUCGAAGAGUUGGCAAAGGAGAAGCUUAGCCAAGGCGGUUGGUUUUACGCCUCCUCUAAUGCGGGUCAAUCGCACACCCAUACCGUAAACAGACAAGCAUUCUACCGACAUCGAAUUAUCCCGCGUAUGCUGGUAGAUACCAACGAGCGCGACACCGCGACCGAGAUAUUCGGACACAAAGUUCCUGCGCCAAUCGGAUUUGCCCCUGUUGGCAUCAACAAAAUUUACAACCCACAAGGCGAGCUUCCCGUGGCAAGAGCCGCCGGCGCGUUGGGACUACCAUAUUGUCUUUCGACGGCAGGUUCGCAAAGCAUAGAAGCUGUUGGCCAGGCCAACGAUGAGGGUGUGAAGAAGGGACGAGGCGAUGUUGGAACCGCUGCCGGUGGUGGUGAGAAGGGCGUGAGGUUUUUCCAGCUCUAUAUGCCGCACGACGACGAGCUUACUCGCUCGCUCCUUCAACGUGCUGUAGAUAGCGGCUUCACAGCUUGCAUCUUGACGCUUGAUACCUGGCAGCUCGGAUGGCGACAUGACGACGUCGCAAAUUCAAACUACGCGUUCUACCACGGGCUCGGUGCGGAUCUUGGCUUGACAGACCCCGUCUUCCAGAAGAGGCUCAAGGAAAAGGGCAUUGACCCUGAGACACAACCAAACGAAGCUGGUGCAUUGUGGAUCGACAACGUUUGGCAUGGACGUGCGCAUACAUGGGAGAAGGCCGCAUGGGCGAUGAAGCUAUGGAAGGAGCUCAGUGGUGGCAAGCCAUUCUCCUUGAAGGGUAUUCAGAGCGUAGAAGACGCGAAGAAGGCUGUCGAUCUGGGCUUUGAUGGCAUUGUAGUCAGCAAUCAUGCUGGAAGACAGGUUGAUGGCGCAGUCGCAAGUCUUGACUCCCUUGAGAAAAUCGUCGAUGCUGUCGGCGACAAAAUCUAUAUUAUGUUCGAUUCUGGCGUUCGUUCCGCAUCCGAUGUUUUCAAAGCGCUUGCUCUGGGCGCAAAGUUCGUGUUCGUUGGCCGGCUGUGGAUCUGGGGUCUCUCGAUCAUGGGCGAGACGGGAGUGGACCAUGUCAUGCGCGGUCUGCUAGCUGAUCUUGACAUUCUGAUGAACGUGGGAGGAUUCAAGAAUAUUGGAGAAAUUACGAAAGAUGCACUAGAAAGUGGGCCGAAGAGUUACCCGCUCAUGCAUACAGCUAGUAAAUUGUAG